GUACGAACACACUGAACGCGUGAAAGGCGCGAGCGGGCGUCAGAGCGAGCGAGCGAUAAAUUAUCCUUCGGUAAAAUGAAUGGGAAACGCAGACAGUGUGCACAUUUGACGCGAGCGUCAAAGCGAGCGAGCGUCAUUUGUAAGCGACAAGCGGCAAGAUUUUAAAUUUUAUAAUUUCAAGCGACAAGCGUCAAAGCGUCAAAGAGUCAAGGGGCUAUGUUGAUGAUCUUAAGAUAUUGCUUCUAUGCAUAUUUCAGUGAAAAAUAAAAGUAUCACAAUCUUCUUAGGGCGUAAUGUGUUUAUCAUAAUUUAUAGUGAUGAAAUACCGAAAUAAACCCAUUUAUAUGUUAUUAAACAUAUUUUGAGGGUGUUAAUUUAAGACAAAUACACACGCUAGUCCUCAGAUAUUUUACACACACACACACACACACGGACAGAUGGACAGACGAACGGGCCCGCUUACAGAAAAGUGGUGCAAUAUCUGCUUGCUAAGUACAAUCUAGAGUUGUGGACAGUCAGUCUGCAUCCAGCUGCCGUCCAAGCGGCACGUGUGCUCUUCUUUUCCCUCCAUAAACUCAAGAUGGACAUUGAAAAAUUAGCAUCCCUUCUUUUAAAAGAGCCAGCGAUAUGGUGCGCCAAGGACCCACGACACCAUGAUCGCAAUUAUGUGGCUACGGCGUGGAGAAAUAUAGCAAGUGAACUUGAAACAACCGUUGAACUGGUCCAGAAGAAAUACAAAUCUUUGCGGGAUCAAUUCCGUAAGGAACUAAAAACAGCGCCCGCUGGCAAAUCGGGGGACCCUGGACUGGCCAGGGAGGAGUAUACCAGCCGGUGGAAAUAUUUCAAUCUCUUUUUUUUUUUGAGAGAUGAUAUGAUCGGACGGAAGUCGUCCGGUAAUACGACUGCUGCUGCGGCUGCUCUACAAGGUGUUCCGCAGGAGACACAAGAAUCUACGGAUUCCGCAUCAACCGAUAAUACCCCCCUGUUGUCCCCUUUGUCUCCUGAGGCUGGACCAUCCAGUGUUAUUCCUUGCCCCUCCCCGUCUCCGUCGAUCUCGACCCCCUCCAGCCAAACUCCGUCCUUUCGUGACCAAGAGUCGCAGCAGAAAUUAGGGGGAAUGGCCAAGAAAAAGAGGGUCACAGCCCUCAACAAAGAUCCCGGGUGGUUCUCCUUAGAAGAAACCAAAGUGGACCUGCUCAGAAAGAUUGCAGGGGGGCAAGAUGAUUCAGAGGAUAUUGACGAAGACAAAAUGUUCCUGCUUUCUUUGUUGCCAUCGUUGCGAAAACUCCCUCGGGACCAGGCUUGGGAUCUCAAAAUCAAAUUUGCCCAGCUCCUGAAGGAAGAGCUAGUGAAGACAACAAGCACCCCGUCUCAAGGCACCCUCUCCUAUCAGCCAGACGCCACUUCUCAAGGCCCCUACUCCCGGCAAGACGCUCCCUCAUAUCAGCCAUACGCCACUUCUCAAAGCCACUACUCCCGGCAAGACGCCCCCUCAUAUCAGCCAGACGCCACUUCUCAAAGCCACUACUCCCGGCAAGACGCCCCCUCAUAUCAGCCAGACGCCACUUCUCAAGGCCCCAACUCCCGGCAAGACGCUCCCUCAUAUCAGCCAGACGCCACUUCUCAAGGCCCCAACUCCCGGCAAGACGCUCCCUCAUAUCAGCCAGACGCCACUUCUCAAGGCCCCAACUCCCGGCAAGACGCUCCCUCAUAUCAGCCAGACGCCACUUCUCCAGGUUCCUAUUACCAACUAACCAGCCCUAUGAAUAAUAUUUAAUUUUUGUGCAUUUUGUAAUUUUUGUUAUUAUACUGAUUACUGUUUUCAUAAAAAAAAAUGGAUUAUACUUAUUCCUCUGCUUGCAUUUAAAAUAUUUGGAUGAAACUUAUUACUUAGAAUAAUUUUGUGCAUUUUGUGAUUUUCCUAUUGUACUUAUUACUCUGUUUGCAAUUAAAUUAAAUGGAUUAAACUUAUUCCUCUGUUUCCGUUUAAAAUAAUUGGAUUAUACUUAUUACUUUGUU